AUGGUGUCCAAAGGUCCAAAGAAAGCUAAUCUAUUAGAUCAUCACUCCAUCAAACACAUCCUCGACGAAUCUGCCUCAAAGGCAGUGACUAGUCUUGGAUUUAUGGAAGACGUGACAUUGAGCAAUGUCAGGCUGUUUAUUGGGACGAUUAUAAUUGUCAUUGCUCUCUUCGCCCAGUUUUACAAAAAGAAGUUUCGUGAGAACAAGGACUUCCUGGUCGCCUGCAUCGUGUUGUAUACAGUCUUCAACGGGUUGUUGCAGUUGAUUAUAUACACAAAGGAGAAGAAUGCCAUUCUGUUUACAUAUCCUCCUGUUGCAUCCUUCACCAGUACUGGAUUGGUAGUCUCUUCCAACCUGCCUAGAUUUUCUGAUGCAUACACACUUACCAUAGCAAGCGCAGAUCCAAAAUUAAUUUCUGCAAAUGAACCAGUACAUUUUGCCAAAAGUGUUACUUGA